GAGAUUGAGUACGAGUACACAAACAAGCCGGGGAUUUGAAUUCAAUGAGCAGCAAUUUCAAGGACAAACCGAUAAAGGCGCAAGAGGAUCGUGCAGGACCGUACGUUCAUACAGGAAAGCAUCAAUGAGUCGAUAGUGAAAUGGAAGACUUAUCUGUGCCGCAACGAACAAACAAAACUACAGGUACUAGUUGAUAAAAAAUUUACACACUCAAGAAUCAUCAUGGGACAAAGUCAAGGGAAAUCCAAGAAGGCCUCCUCCUCCUCCGCCAACAAGUAUGCCCAUGAUAUCGCCUAUCUGGAAUCCCACACGGACUUGAGCAAAUUCCAAUUGGAGAAGAUUUUUGCACGCUAUUCUAAAAACAAGAAGCUGACGCAAAAGGAGUUCUUACAAGAGUUUAAGAAAACCUUCCCCAAUGUCGUGGAUCCCAAUCCAAUCGCUCAACGGGUAUUCCAAGCCUGCGACCAAGAUCACGAUGGUACGAUUUCUUUCAGGGAGUUUGUGUUUGCUUGUUCAAUCUUCACAAAUGCACCCCGAGAGGAAAAAAUGAAGCGGAUUUUUGACGUGUUGGAUCAAGAUCAAUCGGGAUCAUUGUCCUGUCAAGAAGUGAUCAAAUGUGUUAAACAAACCUAUGACAUUCUGGGCCAAUUGAACAUGGAUUACAACCGCAAAGGUAUCGAGGUAUUUCGAGUCAUGGACCAGGAUGGGGACAUGAAAGUUUCCAAAGAGGAGUUUUUAAAUGCUUGCCUGAAAGACGAAGAAUUAUGUGGUCUCUUGCAAAAAAGCGUGGGCGAAGAAAUGUUCACCCAACCGAACUAACUUAUUACUCAGUCAAAUGCGAUGAUCCAUAAUAAUGCCCGUAGUGAAUGAAAAUAUUAAGAACUUUC